AUGGCGGAACCAGCUCCAUUACCAUUCAUUUACCAGUUUAUCUCUGGUGCAGUUGCCGGGGUCUCUGAGAUUCUUGUCAUGUAUCCCUUGGAUGUCGUGAAAACAAGACAGCAGUUGGACUCGACGGGAGCCACGGGGGGCACCAUCAAGUGCCUCACUACGAUUGUCAAGGAGGAAGGCUUUUCUAGGUUGUACAAAGGGAUCUCGGCCCCCAUUUUGAUGGAAGCGCCCAAGAGAGCAACGAAAUUUGCUGCAAACGACGAAUGGGGCAAAUUCUACAAAAAGGCGUUUGACGUCAAGCAAAUGACGCAGUCAUUGGCUAUAUUGACCGGUGCCACCGCGGGCGCAACCGAGUCGUUUGUCGUGGUGCCUUUUGAGUUGGUCAAGAUUCGGUUGCAGGACAAAUCGACAAAGUUCAACGGCAUGGGAGAGGUCGUCAAGGAUAUCAUCGCCAAGAAUGGUGUUGCUGGCUUGUACAAGGGUUUGGAAUCUACCAUGUGGAGACACAUUUGGUGGAAUGCCGGCUAUUUCGGCUGUAUUCACCAAGUCAAGAGCAUGAUGCCAAAGCCCAAGGACUCCACGCAAAAGACCUUGAUUGAUUUGACUUGCGGUACCAUUGGUGGUACCGUGGGAACUAUAUUGAACACGCCCUUUGACGUGGUCAAAUCGAGAAUCCAAGCUGGCUCGUCAAGAUACAAGUGGACCUACCCUUCGUUGGCCAUUGUUGGCAAGGAAGAAGGCUUUGGAGCAUUGUACAAGGGCUUCAUUCCAAAAGUAUUGAGAUUGGGUCCUGGUGGUGGUAUCUUGUUGGUUGUCUUUACGGCAUGCAUGGACUUCUUCAGAAAAAUGCGCGACGAAAAGAAGUAA